AUGAAUUGCACUUAUCAUAUCAAAAGUCCAAUAUCUUUGAUAUGUAUAGCUCCUCACAAGUGUUAAUGCUAAAGGAAACUUUGUGUUGAAUGCUUAUCAGAACAUGGAGUGGAUUUAAAAAAAACAAUUCCCAUAAAUAAAUUUUAAGAAAUUGCAAUUAACAAAUUUAAAGACUAAAUGCUUAAUGAUAUAUCUGAGCUAACCAAAUAGAGAACGGCCUUUAAAUCCUUGCUCUCUCAUGGCGAAUCUAUGUUGAAGAAAAGUUGGGAGGAAUUGUCUAAAUUAAUCAAAUAAGUUUAUGAUUGGAUUGAAAAGGAAAACUAAUCAUUCUUAAACCUCAUCAACGAAAAUACUAAUCUAGCUGAAUCUUCCUACACAAACAUAGAAAAAUUAAUAAACCUUGUAGAUGGAACAACCUUAUCUGAUUGGAAUGCUUAGAAGAAUUCUUAUAUGAUGGAAUUAGAGAAGACGAAAAAUUGGUGGGACAAUCAUACUAAGACUUUCAUUAAAAAGUCUAACCUAAGAAUCCAAUAGAUUCAAUCAUUAUUUAAGUAAAUAUUUAAAUCAUGCCUCUAGGAUUCAACCUGAAGAAGAUGAUGAAGUGUAUUAAAUGAAAGAAGACAUUUAUGAAAUGCUCACUUACAUUCAGGAUAUUGAUGAUUCUCUCUAUAAUAAAGUUCUUGAACUAAUUAGAAGAGAGUAAGUUUCAGACAUCCUUGAUUUUCUUUCGAAGAAAAAUAAUUAACACUUUUAUGAAUCUUUAUUCAACAAGCAAGAGAAUUUAAGAGAUGUAAGAAAGAUAAUAAAGAAAAUCACAAAUGUAUUGAGAAAUAUUUAGGAUCAUCUAUUUAAUAAAGUUGACUAUUCUUCAGAUAAUUACUAAAUCUUAAGAGAAGAUCUAAUUAAGAGGAUUAAGAAUAAUAAGGGGAUCAUAAAUUUUAUCAAGUUUCUAAUUCUUCUCACAAGUAUCGAUGAUAAAUUUUGUUAAAGUGGGUCAAAUGGAUUAAAUUUAUUAGUUGGCAUGAAGGUAGAUCUCAGGAACAAAUCAUUCGAAAAUAUCAGAAUAAAAAAUACAUCUUUAAUUGGAGGAAACUUUGUACGAUGCAACUUGAGUGGAUCUGAAUUAGAUAACGUCGACAUAAGUGGUGUUAAUUUAAAUGGUGCUUAACUAUUUAAUUGUAAAUGGAAGAAUAUUAAAAUCCAUGAGUUGAAUAAAUUGGAUGGUAGUUGCGUGAGAUCAGUCUCUAUUUCAACUGAUGGAUAUACAUUAGCAUCUGGUAAUGAAGAUAAGUCUAUCAUUCUAUGGGAUGUUAAAACAGGAUAAUAAAAAGCCAAAUUGGAUGGUCAUAAGAAUUAUGUUACGUCAGUCUGUUUCUCACCUGAUGGAAAUACAUUGGCUUCCGCAGGUGGAAACUUGCAUCCUGAUAUAAAAGGUGACAACUCUAUCCGUCUAUGGGAUGUUAAAACAGGAUAAUAAAAUUCCAAAUUGGAUGGUCAUACUCAUUAUGUCAACUAAGUCUAUUUCUCUCCUGACGGAAAUAAAUUAGUUUCUGGUAGUGCAGAUAAUUCUAUUCGUUUAUGGGAUGUUAAAACAGGAUAAUAAAAAGCCAAAUUGGAUGGUCAUAAGAAUUAUGUUAUGUCAGUCUGUUUCUCACCUGAUGGAAAUACAUUGGCUUCCGCAGGUGGAAACUUGCAUCCUGAUAUAAAAGGUGAUAACUCUAUCCGUCUAUGGGAUGUUAAAACA